UUACGUAUUUACAAUGGACGAAGAAUUGGAGGAGAAAGCCAAAACUACCGUCAAAAAAUACAUUUCGGAUAGUGAAAUGAAGGCAUUUGAGCGAGAAACGGAGGUCAGAUUACGAGAGAAGAAGUUGAGGGAGUUUCUUAGUCCCUUUGAGAGCUUUAUUAUGUCAGUGCAGAGCCUUCUUGUGUGGGAGAAACCCGUCCGAAGCGCAGUGAUGGUUCUCUGUGUCAAUGGUUUGUUAUGGAUGGCUGUUGCAACGAAUUACAGGAUCAUCUUUGUGGCAGCUGUCUCAGGUAUCGUCUUUGUUUCCAUGGAGACCAUUUGUACUCGAGUUUGGCCAGAAAUAAGAGUCCAAAAGCCAGACGAAGACGAAGAGGGUUGGACACCUGUUCAUCCCCAUCUUCAAAGUCUUCCAGAGUUGUGUGAGCAUAUAGCCAAGCUGUGGGUUACCCUAGACAGGCUGAAUAUCAAACUAUGGGGAUUCCGCCAGGAUUAUCCCUCUAAGUUUUGCUUGUACGUGUGUGGUUUAUGUUUAACACUAGCAGCCAUCGGCCAUCAGAUCUCAGGAACUCUUAUAUCAUUCAUCAUCGUUACUGGUCUUUUGCUGUGGCCAGCUUUAGAAUAUCACAACAUCAGUGGUCGUCUUUACCAGCGUAUAGAACCUAUACUACAGCAGUUGGAUCACAGCAUUGACAGCCCACGUAGAGAGAAAAAGCUCGGAUCCCAACAGAGAUCAGCAAGAGCUAGGGCUAAUUCCAGCGAUAACAUCGAUAGCAGUAGUGAUAGUGACUUGGAUGAAUUCUGUCCCUCACCAGGCCCAUCAGUAGAUGCUGCAUUAGCCCAUGCUGCUACUGCAGGCAGAUACACACCUAGAUCAUCUGGGAUAUUCAGUGGUCUCUCUAACAUGUCGAAAGGCAUGUCACUGGAUUUAAACACGGAUGAUGAAUUUACGGACACUGAGCCUGCAAGCUACAUGGGUGGUCUUUCACAAGUGCCGUCCUUUGACAACACAGCCUUUGAUCAGAGUGCUGAUGAACUUGAAAUAGAUCUACCUUAUGAUAAUGAACCACCAGCUCCUUCAAAAUCAAGUGUAGAAGAGGAGAACCUAACACCAGAGUCCUCCGAGUCCAUCAAGUUUGAUCCCACGCAUUUCCGAGAGUCCAGUGAAAUUGACAACGAGGAGCUCCUGGUGGGUGAUUUAGAGUUCCCUGAUGUUGAAGGCAGCUCUAGUGGACAGAGCUUAGAGGCAGACAAGCCAUCCCCUGUGUCUCUUCCACCUGCAGCUGCCAUGCUACUUUCUCAUACAGUAAAGUCUCUAAUGACAGAUGCCCUGACCAAGCUUCAAGAGUUUGGGUCUCAGGAUGACGUCUCGUCAGCUUCAGAACCAUCUCAAGAGUCACAACAGCAGCAAAGACAAGCAUCUCAUUACGCCUCAGGUACCAAGUCAGCUAAACGACCAAAACUUGUCACUAUGGAUUCUGAUAGUGCCGAGUUUGAAAUAUUGGACAGGGAAGAAUUGGAAGAAGGGAAGGUGUCCGGGGAGGAGAAAAAAGAUGAAGGAAAGACUAGAAGUAAAAGUGGUUAUGGUAUUGGCUUUCUUACAUCUUGGCUCAGUGGUAAAAAGGAAUAAAGAUCCUGUUUUUAUUUUGUAUUUAUCUGAAUAUCACUUGGCAUUUUGAAGUCAGCUUUGAUAAUUUAGAUAACUUGAGGAAUAAUGAUUUCACUUGUACUGGUUUUUAAGAUUGUUAAUGAAUCCGCAUGUGAAAUCUCUUUCAUGCAGAAAGAAUCCCUCAACCC